AUGGAGAGCACACAUCAUUUCAGGGCGUUUAGCAAGAGUCCAUGGCCGCCGAAGCCGACCACGAGUCCAUCCAGCAGCUUUUGCAUCUCUUCAGGGGAUCUGGCGAAUAGAAUCAAGUCGUCGGCCUGUCUUCUUUGUUUCUCUUCUAAUCUACACGGUUUUAUCGUCUUUCUUUCUUUCUUUCUUUUUGUUUCUUUCUUUCUUCCAUUACUUUAUUGUCUCCAAUUUCUUUCUUUCUUUUCUCCAUUUCUUUCUUUCUGUCUUUCUUUCUUUCUUUUCUCCAAUUCUUUCUUUUCUUUCUUUCUUUUCUUUCUUUCUUUUCUUCAUUUCGUUCUUUCUUCUUUUCCCCAUUCUUUCUUUCCUUCUUUCUUUUCUCCCUUGCUAUCUUUCUUUCUCUAUUUCUUUCUUUUCUGUCUUUCUUUUCUCCAUUUCUUUCUUUUUUCUCCCUUCCUCCCUUUCUUUCUUUCUUUUCUCUAUUUCUUUCUUUCUUUCUUUCUUUCUUUCUCACCCAUAUAA